AACCACUGGCAUAUCUUCAAUAAUGGCAACACCGAAUAUACGUCCGUUACCAGAACACCUACAAGAGGUGGCUAUCAAAGAGUUGAAUGAGAGACCUGAGCGGCUGGCAGAAGAUCUGGAGGCGUUAAAGGAUUGGGCUAUAAAGGAGCCACAUUUAAAUGUGCGACUCGAUGAUCAAUUGCUGGUGGCAUUUCUGCGCGGCUGCAAGUUCAGUUUAGAGAAGACAAAGUCGAAAUUGGAUUGGUUCUAUACAUUGAAAACUAAAUAUCCAGAUUACUACACAUUACAAGAUCCGGAUGUGCCGCAUUUACAAGAUCUUGUAAAAUAUGGCGUGGGAUUACCAUUGCCUAUACCAUUAAAUGAGAUUGGAGCACGCAUUAUAUUCUGCCGUUUUGGUAUUUAUCCGAUUGAUAAAUAUAAAAUUAAAGACUUAUUGGCUAUCGCUUUUGCAAGCUAUGAGCUCCAAAUGCGCUCAGAUGACACUUCAGUGAUCAAUGGUUUUAUUGCUCUCGUCGACGUUAGCAAAAUAAACGCUGCCUAUUUUGCUCAAUUUACACCGCAUUUGUUAAAGAAAACGAUGGGCUUUUUCGCGAAUGCCGCUCCAAUCCGUCAAACCGCAACACAUUUCAUUAAUGUACCAGCAAGUUUUGAGAAGCUCUACAGUAUGAUAAAGCCUACGCUUACAGAAAAACAGCGGAAUCGCAUUUUUCUGCAUGGCAACAAUUUGGAGACACUCUAUGCCCAUAUUCCACAAAAAUAUCUGCCCAAAGAAUUUGGUGGUGAAAAUGAUUGCAUCGAUGAACUAGAGAAGUCCACAUUCCAACUAUUUCUUGAUCACCGUGAUUAUUUCAAAGAGGAUGUCAAAUAUCGUAAUAAUGAGGAGCUGCGUGUUGGUCAGCAACCGGAUUAUGAGAGUUUAUUUGGUAUGGAAGGUUCAUUCCGUAAAAUCGCUGUGGACUAGCUAGUCUUUUACUAAACAGAUAAGGACCGAAGGGUAGCUUUAAGACUCAGUAAUUAAAAAAAAAAAAACAGAAAACAUUAAUAAUAAUAAAAGGGGUUUGUUUGAUUUUAAUUUUGGAAAGAAAUAAUAAUAAAUAAUGUACCUAUGUAUAUACAACAACA